GCAUUUAUGUGUCGCCCGGAGCCAAAGGGUUAAAUUUUCUACUCCAGUUGCUUUUAUUGCACGUAAAAAUACUCAGUUGUUGUGGAAAAUAAGAUCACAUGUAAGAAGCGUUACGUUUUGAAGCAAGAAUGGCGUCUCUCAGCUGAUAAGCACGUGCGUCUCGUAUACGAGACGCCCGGAAUCAAAGGGUUAAAUUAUUAUAGAUCGCUUUUUUUAGUUACAGAAAUCCUUAGUUUACAUAUACUUUGAAAAGAUCUUUUACUGUCUUAGUUCUUAGAUUUUACAGUUGUUUUUAGUCAUUUUAAUAUAGAAAUCGUUUGUUGUCUUUUUAGCUGGUUCUAACGUCAUUAUUCCCAUUAAUGAUAUUCGCGGCAUCGAUUCUGGUGGUUAUUCUAAAAGCGAACGUUUAUUAAGAUGUAAAUUAGCAUCAUUAUAUCGUUUGGUCGAUCUUUAUGGAUGGUCUCAAGGAAUAUAUAAUCAUAUAUCGGCUCGUAUUAAUCAAGAACAAGAACAUUUUCUUAUCAAUCCAUUCGGUUUGAUGUAUCACGAAGUGACCGGAGCCAGUUUGGUUAAAGUUGAUAUUCAAGGAAAUAUAAUCGAUCCGGGUAAUACAACAUAUGGAAUCAAUCGUGCUGGUUAUACGUUACAUUCAGCCAUACAUAAAGCACGUCCAGAUUUAAAAUGUAUCAUUCAUUUGCAUACACCAUCUGUUGCUGCUGUAUCAGCCAUGAAAUGUGGUCUAUUGCCGAUUAGUCAAGAAGCAUUAUUUUGUGGAAAAAUAUCUUAUCAUGAUUAUCGUGGAAUAUUGGUAGAAGAUGAUGUUAAAAAAUUACUGGUUGAAGAUUUGGGACCAAUUAAUAAGGUAAUGAUACUAAGAAAUCAUGGUUUCGUUGCAUGUGGUGAAACAAUUGAAGAAGCAUGGCGUUAUGCAUUUAAUGUUAUAAAUGCUUGCGAAGUGCAAAUUCGUGCAACAUCCGUUGGCAUUGAUAAUUUAUAUAUACCGCCACCAGAAGCUCAAAAACGAGUCGCUGAUGCUUUACAAGGAAAUAAUGACGCAUCUGUUGACAAAAAAUGGAAGAUCGGAGAACUUGAGUUUGAAUGUUUAAUGAGAAUUCUCGAUAAUGCUGGUUUUCGUACUGGUUACGUUUAUCGACACCCAAUGAUUCGAACAAUAGAUAAAACAGGAUUUAAAGAUGUUGAAGUACCUCCGGCCGCAUCUUCUGCUUCUUUUAUUGAUGGAGAAGCAUAUUCACCUACUCGUCAAACACAACGAAAUACCGAAUGGAGAAAUUCACCAAACGCCUAUUUGAGGAAAGAAAUUGAAGAAACAGGCACGCCAAAUCCAAAAAAAGUAACAAAAUGGGUACCAGAUACCGGAUUGAAACAUAGUACACCUAUCAAAUUCGAAACAAAACAUCAAUUUGCACCUAGUAACAUUGAUCCAAAAGAAUUGAAAAAUCACCAAAAACAAAUAAGAAACAGAUAUUUAACAGAUAUAAUCAAUGCUGGACCACAAAGUCGUAUAUUAGAUAAUAUGACUUUGUCAGAAGCUAGACAAAAGUUAGAGGAUCCACAAUUAUCAGGUGAACCGGUUAUUGUUGUUGGUGCUGCAUCCAAAGGUAUAAUUAAACGUGAUCAACAAAAUAAUGCUGUUGUCUACAAAUCUUAUUAUGCACAAAAUCCAUUUGCUCAUAUGGAUCAAAAUGAAAUUGAAAAAUAUAAAAAAGAAGUUGAACAACGUCAAAUGAAAGAACAAGGUGGUUUAAGUGAUUCGCAAUACGAAGAUAAUGUUGAUAGUCGAGAUAUUAUUAAAUUUAUUUAG